UAAAGAAAGGGAUGGUGGGAUAUCAGUCAAGGCUUAUUUUCAUGCCAAAAGUUUCACCCUUAACUUAAUCCUGUCAUAUAUGAAGCUUACCAAACUAUAAGGUGCAUUAAGCGACACAGAGGAGUGAGAGAUAAGACUGUCAGUCAGUCAGACUUUAUUUACUGUGUUCACAACAACUUUAGAAGUUGUUUGUAAUACGCGACACGUUAGCCGUGGUGGAAGCUUUAGCCAUAUUGGCCAUGUUAGCUUAUUUACAAUAUUUAUCCCUCCCAAUACUUAACAAACGACAGACUGAUACCACUAAAACAAUAAAUUACUGUGAGUACUCUAACUCUCAACCUUGUUAAUAGUAUUAAAAAAAACCACACACACUCAUGGUCCUACGCAGCUACACAUUAGCUACGUUAGCUGCGUUAGCGUAUCUACUAUAACACCCAACAAAACAUUUUGACAGAGUGCUAUGGACCUCAAAACGCUUUGAUACCAGUAAAAGGCAUUCUGAAUUGCACAUUGUCCUUUUUUUUGAAAAAAAAAAUAAUGAUAAUAAUAAUAAUAAGGCUUUAAAUUGCACCUUAUAUACAGUAAUAAUUUUCCUUAUCAAGCUACACAUCCUGCAAUGUUUUUUUUAACCCCUAAUGUAAAACACUUGCUGGUUUUACACAAUACGCUUUUAUAGCUUUUUAUUUUUAUUUCUACAUUUGCAAAUUACACGUGUUUGCUGUCAUGUAGUCAAUAGUUGAGGUAGGACGCUCGGGUGUUUUAAAUCCUGCGCUUUAGGGCCAUCCUGGAUGCUGCAUUACACCUUCACCAUGUGGGCGAAUGUCUGAUGUGAUCGGCUCAUGACACAGAGGAUGCUUUGACCUUGGGAGAAUGAACUUCACAGCGUAUUCCUCAGCACAAGACAAACGAGCGCGUGCGCCCACACCUGCACGCUUCUGUUGAGGUCUAUAAAAAUGAUGUGGAACAAAAAAAAAAAAAAAGGGAAAGGAAAGGAUGAAAAUGUGGCUGCAGGUUUUUAGUUUUGUUCCAAAGCGGACAGCCGGCUUUCACUGUCAUCCAUUAUUAAUGCACUUUCGGGAUGGCGGCAGGUGAUACCCACAGGUGAUUAGUUACAAGGAAGCCGCCUGCUUUAACUGCCUAUAGAUGGACUCCUGAAUCACCCCCAGAGCACAGUGAGCGAUGUGUGUUUGUGCGCUGACAGUGAGGGGCGGCGAAUGGAGGGCGGAAGCAGAUGUGUGAGAGAGGUUCAGAGCGGUGGGUGCUAUCACAGAGUGCCUUUGUCUGUUUCUAGAGAGCGUUGAAUUAAAGGCUUUUAGCACGAGUGUGCGCGCUCAAAUGCUAAUGCCACUUCGGAAAGAAUAAAUAAAUGAUGGCCCAGAGAAAACACAUCGGAUUCCCUGCUUGACAUGGAUGGUGUGCAAGGCAGAUUCCGGGGGGCAGACAGAGAGGGUGGGUGCACGAGGAUCAUAAUUGGACGUCACAAUCCCCUAAUAAUGUCAAAAAGGCGAAGCAAAGGGCGUUCGCUUCAUCUUCUGUUGCUGCAGGUUUGGUUGCCCCUGCUGCUGCAGGUGACGCUGCACGAGACGUAACGGGGAAGAGAUUAGCCGAAGAGGUACAGAGCUGGACUUGGAUGGAGAAUAAGGAAGAGGAGGAGGGGGGAUUUAAAGGGAAACACACGGAGGGAGAUUCAGACAGAGCCUACAGAGUUAGAGUGAGGGAAGGAAGCCAGCACAGAGAAGGAGCAGAGGCGGCGGAUGGCAGAAGAGGAGAAGAGGAGAGGCAUUGACUGAAAGCUUUACACAUGGAAGGGAAGAAAACCGCUAUUUCACGUGCUCAGUGUGCAGGACUGAAGUGUGUGGUUGUCUGUGUAGACUGCUAGUCGUUACAGUUUGAGGAUAUACAAGGGGAGCUUGAGAAGACACGGCUGUGUGCAGAGGAUGAAGAGGCGAUGUGGGCUCUGUGGCUGUAAUCGCCAUCCUCAGACUCCGUAGCCACUUGUGCUGGUGCUGUUGCAGGCCGUCAGCCUCUCAGUGGGGCAGCCGAUAUAGAAAUGAGCUCCAAGCACUCCUCCGACUGGAUCCCCUACAGCACUUUGGAUGAUGAAAGCACCAACCUCCGACAGCAGAAACUUGACAGACAGCGGGCGCUCCUGGAGCAGAAGCAGAAGAAGAAAAGACAAGAGCCUCUGAUGGUCCAGUCCAACGUGGACGGCCGGUCCCGGGCUCGCCGCACCAAACAGAGCGAGGAGCAGGCGCCGCUGGUGGAAUCCUACCUCAGCAGCAACAGCAGCACCAUUUACCAGGUGCAAGAAGCUGAUCGGGAGGAGGUGAAGGGGAUUUCAGAGACACAGCUGCCACGGUCAGUCAAAAAGGGCAGAGCGUCGGCAAGCUCCACGCCACAGACGGGGAGCGACAAGAAGGAGAGGAGGGGCAGGAGCAAAGCAGCGCUGGAUGGAGCAGCUGUGGUUCAAGACGACGGUCAGAUCCACAUCCUGACGGCGGGCCACUCCACCACAGACGUCGGGGAGAUGGAGCCCGUCAUGAGCUGCACGCAGUCGCAGAGCAAACAGGAUCUGCGUGUCACCAUGCUGAAAAAAGGUAUAUCCAGCAGCAUGAAUUUUGAUGAAGAAGAGGAUGAUGAAGAUGAAAUUAGCUCCAGCUCUUCACAGCUCAACAGCAACACCAGACCGGGCUCUGCUACCAGCAAGAAGUCGAGCAAGGAGGUGGCCUCAGCGACCACUCCACCGGUCAAUGAACCUGCUAUCGACGUGGACGACCUGGAGGAGUUUUCUUUGCGGCCCGCUCCACAGGGGGUCAGAGUGAAGUGCAGAAUCACCAGAGACAAGAAGGGCAUGGACAGAGGCAUGUACCCCACAUAUUAUCUGCACCUGGAGAGGGAGGACGGCAAGAAGGUGUUCCUGUUAGCUGGGAGGAAAAGGAAAAAGAGCAAAACUUCCAAUUACCUCAUCUCCAUUGAUCCUACCGAUUUGUCUCGUGGUGGAGAGAGUUUCAUUGGUAAACUGAGGUCCAACCUCAUGGGAACCAAGUUCACCGUAUAUGACAAUGGUCUGAACCCCAUGAAGAGCACCACCAGCCUCGAAGCCAGCAUUCUACGACAAGAGCUAGCGGCAAUUUGCUAUGAAACCAAUGUGUUAGGAUUUAAAGGACCUCGCAAGAUGAGUGUGAUCAUUCCAGGAAUGAACAUGGACCAUGAGCGAGUGUCUAUACGCCCACGAAAUGACCAUGAAUCAUUGCUGGCCAGGUGGCAGAACAAGAACACGGAGAGCGUGAUUGAACUUCACAACAAGACGCCUGUGUGGAACGAUGACACACAGUCCUACGUGCUCAACUUCCACGGCAGAGUCACUCAGGCUUCUGUUAAGAAUUUUCAAAUUAUUCAUGACAAUGACCCGGACUACAUCGUCAUGCAGUUCGGCCGUGUAGCAGAGGACGUCUUCACCAUGGACUAUAACUACCCGAUGUGUGCCCUGCAAGCCUUUGCCAUUGCCCUCUCUAGCUUUGACAGCAAGCUAGCCUGUGAAUAGACUCCAGCCUGAACGAACACUCAGAGAGGAGCUGAUCAACACGUCCUUAAGGGCUGUCUGUGUGUCCCUGGGACUGCUUCCACGUUCUCUACAUCAGAGCACCUUGGAGGUUCUGCAUUUCCCAAAAAAAGAAAAAAAAGCUUUUUUUUUUUUGGUCUUCUGUUUUAUGUGUGUUUCAAAGAGUGUGGAAGGAGAGAGGGGUUGGGGGGUAUUUCAGGAUAGUCCUGAUUAUUGGAAAAGACCAAGCACAAAGAGAAAUCCACUUGCCAAAUUAAAUUAAUUUGUCUGGAUAACUAGUCUCCUAACUAGUGUUCUUUUGUGCUGUUGCAGCAUUUUGAUAGCCAGCAUUGUUCCUUUAUGUAGUAGAUGUAGAAAUGUAUAGUUUUCCUGUGAAUUCUUAAUAAUAGCUGGUUCAAUUUUUCAUUUUGACUGGUUUUUCUGUCACAAAAACCACACAAAUCUUGCUUUAUCAUGCAUGAAUUCUGCUUUUAUUGGUAUAAAUCAAAACACAACAUGCAUGAAGAUGUAUUUAUUUUAUUGCAUUAUUUUUAUGGUGUUUUCUGCUGUCAUUGUAACAUCAGGGUCGGCUUCAUGGAGCAAAUCCACAGUCAGAAGAAAAUCCUCUUGUGAAUCAAAUAAAAAAGGGCAAAGAGAAAACAUUGAUUCAAAGUGACAUGGAUGUGAAUGUAAAGGAUGAUGGUGCACUUUACUUUAAAAACCUGUGAUGAAGGACAUUCUGCUGUACAUACUUUGUUGUGCCUUUGAAGACUAAUUCUGGUGUUGAACUUGGAACCGGGCUUGAACUGCUCUAUAGGUUUCCUCAUUCAUGCGUACAUUAUUCAGAAUUCCAUUUUGUAGCACAGAUUUCAUCCAAACAGGCAAAACCUGCAAAGAAAUAUUUAUCCAAGGAACAACUUCCAUUUUAAAUUCAAAUCUUGUGAUUAUUAUUAUGCAUAUCACAGAAAUAAGCUUUUACAAAGUAACCUAUGUUUGGGUAAAAGCUUUCAAAGUCACUUAAGCGCAGGGUUUGUACGUGCAUCCUCCACUAUCUGCUUGAAACAAAAUGUACCAAACAGAGAUUUUCACAAAUCCAAACACUCUAAAUCCAGCACACACUUUCCAUCUCUUGCGUUAAACCUUUCUGCUUCACUGAGGUGCAGACUGACACGCUCCUCAUUUGGCUGACGGCAAGUUUCUGCAUUGCAGGGCGUUCACUGUUUUGCUAAAUAUUAUUCCUGUGUUCCUGUUUCUUAUUAUGGGACAGUCUCUUUUCUCAGUUGUAUGAUGGUAACUUUUUGUAUUCUGCAGCCAAUUAAAAGAAAAAAAAAAUGAGCUGAAUGGCAGCAAAAAACAAUCUCCGGCACCACUAUUGUUACUGUGGAUUAUGAAGAAAUCUUUAUCAAAUGUGCUAUUCUUGUACUCGAUAUUUGGAAAUUGUUGAUACUCUUACUGUAAAGGAAGCAAAGGCUCUUUCAUUUUUGUUAGUGCUGUUGUCCUACUGUACAAAAAAGACAUGUUUUUUUUUUGUGAUAGUAUAGACACAAUUCUUUGUUCAUGAAAAAUAAACUUACAUGGGAUCAAACUAUUUGUUCUUUUUUCUAUUAAAAAUAAAGUUAGCUGUCACCUUG